AUGACGACAGCUAGUCGUUUUCAUGUGACGGCGUGCCCAACGUUGACAAAAUUCUGCGAAACUCUUCCAUCACCGACAAUGCGCCGAAACGAAAAGAUUCGUGCACUUGCACGAUCUGUGCAGGAAAUCACCGAAUCUGAAGAAGAGGAUGAGUCGCAGGUUCCGUCACCACAGUCUUCCGUGCGCUCUCCGUUCGCACUCGUUGAGUCUCCGUUUCUGCAAAGACGCUCAUCAUCUCUUAGUAGUCCAAUAACAGCAAGGCACUGUGCAACGAAGCGAUUGGCACGCGGCCUCUCUGAUCCCUGUAUUCGACGUCCGAACUUCGGCUCUCAACAGCUUAGUCCAAAGCUCCAAGAAGAAAGUUUAGGCUUACCACCGAUUCCUGAAGCUGCAACACCGGUGACUCCGGUCACGCCCAAUAUGGAAAUGAAAGAAGACAAUGAAAACGAAGAUUUCGAUUCGUCAGAGAAAUCGUGA